AUGGCCGUGGCGUGGUUCAGAGGCUGCAUCCUCUUGGUGCUGAGCGCUGCCUUGAAAACCAAGGACACCAGGGGCGAUUGCAAGAUCUUUGCCAUGUGGGACUAUCAUCCGAACAAGGUUCCGUUCUUCAUCCAGAAGGACCUGGAGUCAUGGGACAAACACUCUCAUGGUCGUUGUGGUAGCCCCGUGCUGAUCAACAACACCAACAUCAAGGACUACAUCCCCGAUCUGCCAGCUGAGUAUUUCAGGCUCCCGGAUCACGGAGCACGCUCAGAUGUGAUUCGAUAUGCCUUGAUCUAUCACCACGGCGGUAUCUACAUGGAUACAGACAUUCUGAUCUUGAAGGAUCUCAAUGAGGUUCUGGACAAAGUCACAGUGGGAGACUACGACCUGAUUUCCUAUGCGCGGAACAAGAACUGCAAAGCCUUCAGUAGCAACUUCUUGGCAGGGCGAAAGAAAAGCCACUUCAUGAAGGCUGUCUGGGAGGCGCAGAAAGAAGCUCUGCGGUCACACUGCGAAGAUGUGAGCCCGGACAACCACGUGUGCUGCCCAAAUGAUCCUAAGAAGAGGCGGUGCCGGAGAGAUGGUUUCCCACCCCGUCUUCGAUCGCCUGGCUCCGGAGAUGAAGAGCUUCUGCUUCGCCGAGGAGGAUGGCGAAUCCUUCGCACCUGA